AUGGCUAGUACAGCAAGUAGAUUAUUGAAUCCUCGAUUUCUUGAUGCUAACGAAGAGCCCAAUCAAGUAUUGUUACCUAUCAGAGGCUAUGCCAAAGAGCCAUUAUUAUCGCUCGAAGAAGCUGUUAAACCAGUUUAUGAGUUACUCGACGAUCUUGACACUAUGGUAGAUACUGCAAUGCGAAAUUCGAAAAAGUCUACAAAUAAUCUUACUACAAAUGAAUCGGCUGCUAUACAUCUGUAUACGAUGCAAUGGGAAGAUCCUAGUGUAAGUCUUUACACUUUACUUAAUAGAACACUUCGAUCAGAACGACGUGAACCUCUUCGACCAUGGUUUCGCUAUCUUAAACUUAUUCUCACAGCAUUAUAUAAAUUACCAUCAUUGAAGAGUACAGUAUGGCGAGGUGUUCAUGGUAAUCUAAGUGAUGAAUACGAUGACGAUCAUAUAUGGUGGGGAUUUAGUUCAUGUACAGAGAGUUUAGAGAUUAUGGAACAAUUUGUUGGCAAGUCAGGAGUACGAACAUUAUUUAAUAUCGAAUGUAUUAAUGGUAAAGAUAUUCGAGCUCACUCAUUUUAUAAAAAAGAACAUGAAAUUCUGCUUCUACCUGGUACAUACUUUCGUGUAAUUAGUAAAUGGAGUCCUGCAAAAGAUUUGUAUAUUAUUCAUUUACGAGAAACACCUGCACCACGUCCUUAUCUUGAACCACCUUUCGGAUCAACAACACUAAAUACACCCGUUAGUACGCCAUCACCACCAACUACUGAUACGUCGAACAUAGAAGAUUUACAAAAAUCUUCGACCAUUUCGAUGAAACCAAGAACUCAAGAAUUCGCUGUAUCAGGUACUUACAAGGAACCUAUUUGA